AGAAAGAAACCCUAGAAAAAAAUGUUGAUGGAAGAAGAGACUUGCUUGGAUUGCAAGAGACCUACGAUAAUGGUGGUUGAUCAUAGUAGUGGCGACACGAUUUGUUCAGAGUGUGGUCUCGUCCUUGAAGCUCACAUCAUCGAGUUCAAUGAAGAAUGGAGAACUUUUGCAACCGACGACAAUCACAACGACAGAGACCCAAAUCGUGUCGGUGCUCCGACGAACCCUCUUCUCAAAUCCGGCGGUCUCGCCACCGUCAUCGAGAAACCUAAAGAGAAGUCUUCUUCUUCCUCUGUUUCCAAAGAUGAUAUCUCAACUCUGUACCGAGCACAGAACCAAGUCAAGAACCAUGACGAAGAUGUAAUCAAGGAAGCGUUUCGUGAGAUCCAAAGAAUGACAGAAGCACUUGACCUAGACACCGUAAUCAACUCUAGGGCUUGUGAGAUUGUGUCUAAGUUUGAUGGUCACGUUAACACGAAGCUACGUAGAGGUAAGAAGCUUAACGCUCUCUGUGCUGCCUCUGUUUCAACAGCUUGUCGUGAACUGAAUCUGUCGAGGACGUUGAAAGAGAUCUCUAUGGUUUCCAAUAACGUGACCUUGAAGGAUAUACGUAAAGAGAGUGUGGUGAUAAAGAAUCUUCUUAAGUCAGAUCAAACCUCUUCGUCUGCUACUGCUCAAGCGAUUAUAAUAAACACAGGAGAACUUGUUCGUCGGUUCUGUUCUAAACUUGAUAUAAGUCAAAGAGAGAUAAAAGCGAUUCGAGAAGCCGUGGAGAAAGCUGAGAAUUUCGCUUUCCGGAGAAACCCUAAGUCAGUUCUUGCUGCUGUUAUCUUCAUGAUCUCUCAUAUAUCUCAGACCAACAAGAGACCUAUUCGAGAGAUUGGGAUGGUUUCGGAAGUGGUCGAGAAUACAAUAAAGAACUCUGUGAAAGACAUUUACCCUUACGCGUCAAAGAUUAUACCAAACUGGUACGCUCGUGAAGAAGACAUUAUGAAGAAGCUGGGAGGUAUUAUAAGUUCUUGGGACUCUGCAAAAGUUUCAGUAUAGACAAUGUUCUGAUUUAAAGAUUGUUGUGUAGUCUCUCUUCUAAUGCGUUUACAUAUAUAUGUCUGUCUGAAUAUAAUAUAAAGUUGGCUUGUUGAAAAGAGAAAUAUAUAUUCAGACUUGGGGGAUUUUGUAAUCAUUUUACAA